AUGACCGCCGCCACUUCGAAGGCCGUCGCCUCGGAGGUGCUCCCGCAGGCUAGAGGCGUCCCGGCGGCGUCGUCGUCGCUGCGUGGGGGCUGCGCCGACAGCGGGGGGCGCCUCCGCUUCUCCUUCCGCAGCGUCCUUCGCGCGCGCUUGCAGACGGAUCGAGUCACAGAGAUGGUAUAUUAUGCCGUGCGCGUGUGUGACUCCAUUGCCCUUGACGGUCUUCCUCUUCUCGCCGCAGCGCUCAUCCAUUACGCUGCUGCACGCCUUCCUCUUCUCCCGGCAGCGACAUGGCGGCGAUCAAGAGGCUCACCGACGACCUCCUCCUCGAGACCCUCUCCCGCGUGCCCGCCAAAUCGCGCCGCCUUUUCAAGUGCCCCUCCAGCCCCUCCAACCACUGGCACCGCCUCAUCGAUCACCACCGCGGCCACCGCUGGGACUAAGCUCUCCGAGCCCUUGGCCGGCUUUUUCUACAACACCGAAAGCGAGGAGCGCUUCCCGAGAUCAGCUCUCCACUUCGUCAAUAUCUCCGGGAGCGAGGGCGAGGACCCUUUCAUCUACCCCUCCUUCGCCUUCCUGCCCGACCGCCGGCGCCUCCAUCUCCUCGACUGCUGCAACGGCCUCAUCCUCUGCCAAUGGUACGACAUCUCCACCACCCGAGACGACGAGUUCAGAUACGUCGUGUGCAAUCCCGCCACGGAGGAGUGGGUGGCGUUGCCAGACCGCGGCCAGGCCGGCGACGGCGAGGUGGGCACGGCGUGUUUAGGUUUCGAUCCGGCCGCGUCUCCCCACUUUCAUGUGUUUGUGUUCUUGCUGGACGAAUCCGGCUUCAUCAGCGGAGUCGAUGUGUACUCGUCUGAGACCCGUCAAUGGAUUCACAAGGAGAAGAGAUGGGACGUAAAUGUUAGGCUCGCCGAUCCUCAGCUAGCGACUGUCUUUCUUGAUGGUUAUCUGUAUCUUCGCACCAUCUGCGGUGACGAGCGCCCUCGUAUAUCUGCCGUGGACACGAAGGGAGAAACGUGGUCCAACUUUGAUACGCCUUGUGGCCUGUGGCGUUGUGAUGUGUUUCUUGGUCUUAUUCAGCAGUCGCAGGGGCGCUUACAUUAUGCUUGUUUUAACAAUGGAGAAGAUGACGAAGAAGAAACUCAACUGCAAGUUUACAGUCUGGAGGAUCAUGCCAAAAAAGAAUGGAUACUGAAGCAUAGACUUGACGUUUCGGAUACAGACGCGUUUGGAUCAGGGCCCUUUGAGGGGGAAUUUGAUUGGAUUGCCAUGCAUCCUGAAGGUAACCUGAUGUUCUUCGUUGAGGGCUCGGAUAAUAUGUUAACGUGUUAUAGUAUGGAUGACGAGGAAUCCACCGAGCUCCGUGAACUUCGAGAGGCCCAGCCACCAUAUCUGCCAUAUGUGCCCUUGUACUCAGAGUUAGAAUCUUUGCGCAUGUGAUGUCAAGAUGAGAUCGACUUUAUGUGAGGUGGAUCUUCGAUAGGAGCCAGUCUUUGGUGUGUUUGCUUGAACUUGGUUCUCAGCUUUUCUAAUUGGAGCGCCCUAAUGUCACUAUGUCAGCAUGCUUUUAAGUUUGGUGCAAUGAUGGAUCUGUAUGGAUCAUGGAGAGAAGCUUUGGGUUGGCUUAUCUUAGACUAGUUAUUCAAAUUUACACUAGACGUUUUUCUUGUCUGUUUGGCUCAAGGUA